CGGAGCGGCGUGCGCCGGGCCCCCAGGCGGACGGCGGGCGCCGGGUCCCGAGCGGGGCGCCGGGCGCUGGGCCCCCAGGCAGAGCGGGCGGGCGCCGGGCCCCCAGGAGGUGCAACAGGCAUCGGGCCCCCAGGCGGAGCGGCGGGCGCCAGACCCCCAGGCGUGGCAACAGGUCUCGGGGCCCCCAGGCGAAGCGACAGGUCUCGGGCCCCCAGGCAAAGCGGCGGGCGCAGGACCCCCAGGCAGAGCGACAGGUCUUGGGCCCCCAGGCGGAGCGGCGGGCGCCGGACCCCCAGGCGGAGCGACAGGUCUCGGGCCCCCAGGCGGAGCGGCGGGCGCCGGACCUCCAGGCGGAGCGACAGGUCUCGGGCCCCCAGGCGGAGUGACAGGCACGAGUCACCAGGCACGAUAGUGGGCUCCGAGUCAACUGGCAUGACCGCGGCCACUGGGUCAGACAUUGGAUCGUCUGGCUGGACAGCGGGCAAUCGGGUCACCAGGCAUCAGGUCAUUUGGCUCGACUAAAACAGCGGGCACCGAUUAAGUCAUCUGGCAAGGCAGUGGGCCACCCGAGUCACCAGGCACGACAGUGGGCUCCUGAGUCAAUUGGCAUGACCGCGGGAAC